AUGCCAGUGCAAUACACUGAGAAUCAUUUGGAAAAGCACCUUUCGCGUCCUCAGUCAGAUGAGGAGAAGACCGAUGUGUCAGUCGCUGAAGAUGACGGUCCCAAGGUGCGUCCCCAGGACUGUGCGUUUGGCUGGAUUCCGACAAUCGCUGUCUGCAUCAACUACAUGUUUAUCUUUGGUGCAUCCAAUUCGUACGGCGUUUUCUCAACAUACUAUCUGACUGAACGGUUCGUCGGCACGCCUGCCACGACACUCUCAUGGAUCGGUACGCUUAUCACCUCACUCAUGCUGGGCUGCAAUAUCAUCACUGGUGCAUUGGCGGACAAGAUCGGGUACCGUCCUACAGCAUAUAUCGGAACUGUUCUCUGCACUGUCGCCUAUAUUUUGGCAUCAUUUGCCAACCAAGUUUGGCAGCUGAUUCUGACCCAAGGUGUGCUGUUCGGUAUUGGCGCUUCCUUCCUGAUUGCCCCUAGCCUUUCCAUUCCACCACAGUGGUUCAACAAGUACCGCGGUGUCGCCAAUGGAAUUGCUGUUGCAGGCAGCAGCUUCGGCGGUCUGUGGUUCACUGCCGCCACCCAGGCAAUGCUUGAAAACCUGGGCGCUGCGUGGGCGCUGCGGAUCCUUGGCAUCCUCACAUUUGCCAUUACCGGCAUCAUGAACAUGUUCUACUACCGCCGUGUGCCAGCCAAGCCCCGCAAGAACCUGUUUGAGUGGAAUGCCACCAAGAGGAUGACCUUCUGGCUGAUUUCCAUCGAGGCGACAGCAAUGUACAUCGGCUACUGGGCACUGACUUUCUACAUCGGCUCAACUGCAAAGCUGCUCGGCGGCACGCUGCAGGAUGGCUCGAAUCUGCUGCUUGUUCUGAACGCCGGCAGUGCCGUUGGCCGCAUCGCGGCUGGGUACAUUGCUGACAAGAUCGGAAGCAUCAACAUGCUGGUCAUUAGCGACUUUGCCACGGUUAUCAUCCAGAUGCCGCUGUGGAUGAAGGCCAACAGCCUUGGGCCGCUGUAUGCGCUGUGUGCACUGUAUGGAAUGAUUUCACCGACAUUCAUCUCCAUCAACCCGGUUCUGGUCUCAACGUACUUUGACCAGGACGUGAUGGCCAGCGUCAUGGGUAUGACCAACCUGUUUGCUGGCAUCGGCGUGCUCUCUGGAAACCUCUCACAGGGCCGCAUCUUUGACCUGUACGAUAAGCGCCAGGGCUUCACCAACACCAUCAUCUUCUCAGCCAUGUUCAUUCUCUUCUCAGGGAUCGUCGUCCUCGGUCUGCGUUUCCAUAUUAUCCGCAAGCUGCCUAGCAAGCGAUUCCUCCAGAAGGUGUAG